CGCCCUGCUAUAGUAGGGAGGGGCGGGCCGAGUUAUGUCCGUGUUUCCCGGGGAAGAGAGGCAGAAGGAUCCGGAGCACGAUGUGACAGGAGUGUACACCGUGCUGUAGGUCUAAUGUCUGUCUUCAUCCCCAUUCCAAGAAUGAUGAUUACACCAGACAUGUGGAUUUUGAAACUACUAUAAUAUAAGCUUAAAAAGAUCUUAACGGCAUUCUAAAUCUACAAAAAAAAGGACAGCUUGUUUUGUUGAAAAAGAAUAGGCUUACUGGAAGGAUCACCAUAUGGGAAUAAAGGAAAGCGACUAAAAGAAAACGAAUGCAGCCAUCACAUCUUAGAAUUGAAAGAAGAAACUCGUCAAGCAAACUGCACGUUUUUCUGUCCCAUCAUGUCUGACAAGAUCCUUUUCAAAAGCAUAUUGACUGCAGACAACACAUCGGGUCUGGAUGUAAUGAAUGGGCAUGAAGUGCUUUCAACAGACCAACGGCAGCUGGGGCCAAGCUGUAUACUCAUCUUGAUCAUAGCUGGCAAAGUAAUUAUGAACCUCUUAAUUUUUGGGGCAAGGCACCGGAAUGUAAGCGCCAGCUUCUUGGGCUAUUUCUGCAUUUCUCUCGCUGCUGUGGACUUUGGUCUCUUAUUUGUUGUUGCUUUCAUCCACUACUUCCAGGACUUCUCCGUUUUAGGAUUUCGAAUCACCAACUACCACAUUUGUCUGUUUACACAGAUUAUCUCUCAUACAUAUGGUAUAUUGCACUUUCCAGUUUUCUUGGUAUCUGGACUGGAUUACUACCUGACUAUUGUGAAGUCUAUAAAGAUAUCGCGGAUCUACCCUGGACUAUUAUAUUCUAUUUAUGUUCUUCUUUUAUGGAUUACAGCCUUUGUCUAUGUUCUUCGCUCUCCUAUUGACUCUCCAACAGUGGACAGCUAUGAGACGGCAUACCUGUGCACAUUCUAUAUCAGCAGACAAAGUUUCUACUUGUCAGUUGCCCUUGUUCUCACAAUUUUCAUGGUGUUCGCUGAGUGCUGCUGUGAAAUGUUGGCCUUCAUAAAAUCACUGAAGGUUAUUUCUUCUGCGAAUAACAUAAUAGUAUUAUUUUCUUUUCCCUCUGGAGACCAGUGGCCCAUUCAAGGACGAAAACCUUUCUUGGCUUCUCUCUUGUUCUCGUUUUUGGGCACAUGGAGUCCCUUUGUUGUUUUACAGAUAAUUAUAUUUAUAUUGUGCGCUCACAUCCCAGCGUACAUGGACAUGAACGUUCCUUGGCUGUAUUUUGUGAACAGUUUCCUAAUAGCAGUGUCUUUAGGACUGAAGUAUCCUGAUCUACCAGAGACCGAGAAUAUUUUCUCUACCGACCCAUUUGUUGGCUGGAAAUAUUGUGCCCUGCCCUUCAUGGUGGCUGAACAGAAAAAAGACAUUUUGUUACUAAAUGAGCUGCCAUCUGCAGUUAUGAUUGUUUGAGUUUGUAUAUGCGGGUUUUGUUUUUAUAUAAAUGUGAAACUACUCAGGUGGCAUAAAAUAAAGAUACUUGAAGUGGAA